AUGGCUCAGGAUGAGAGGCAGGCAGGGCUGACCGACCCCACAAGUGAUCCAGAGACGGGCAAAGACGUGGAAGAUCUGACAAAAGGCCUGGAGCAACUCUGUGAGAGCCCUGAAGAGGAGAAGAGUGAGAAGGCUCUGCUACGUUCACGCCUAGAAGAACAGCAUCGCCUUAUCUGUAUACUAAAGAAAAAAGCAGACGAUGCACGUAAAUGCUGCAGAGUCCUGGAGCAGCUCAACACGGAACUGGAGAAACUGAGGACAGAGGAUACUGUGAAAAUGAAAACCCAGACACAACGGAUUCAGCAUUUGGAGCGGCGCUUCACGGAUCUGGCCAACAACCACGAAAAAAUGAUCCAGUUCAAGGACGAACACAGGAAACAGCAUAUGCAGCUGCGGGAGGAGAACAAGCGCCUGCGGCAGGAGAACAAAGCGCUCUUCAGCCAGACUGUGAUGGAGAAGGAAGCUGAAGUGCUCCAGCUCGCUGCCCAGGCCAGAAAGCUCUCGCAGCAGUUAGACUCCUUACAGGAGAAACGUGCUUACGAGAGUCGCAGAGCCCAGGAGCGAGAAAACGAGCUGCUAGAAGCUCAGAGCCAGCAGGCAAGUGCCCACGCCUGGGAAGUCGAUUCGCUAAAAAACCAGCUGCAACGCCUGCAGGAGAAGCACCGAGAAACCGUCGCACAGGUAGAGCACACAGAAAGUCAGCAGAGAGCUCAGGGCAGCGAGCUGCAGGCCAAGCUGGAGAGGGCGAAUGAGGAGAAGGAACGACUACUGAUCCUGGCCGCAGAGAGGGGCAAAGCCCUGCAGGAUAAGCAACGGGAAAUUCAGCAGCUGGAGAAGAAGCUGGAGACUGCAGAAAAAGCCAGGCAGAGAGCAGGAAAGCACCUCGUGAAAGGGGCAGUGGUGGCAGACAAUGAUCUGAAGGUCCAAGAGCUCCAACGACAGCUCGAAAGCAGCCAGCAGGCGUACAACGAACUCUCGCUGCAGUUUGAUGCGUACAGAAAGCACAGUAUGGAUCUACUGACUAAAGAAAAAGCGCUGAAUGUCAAACUCCGUCAUUUUACAGCAUGA